CUUUCACACUGCACAGUCAGCGUCCACGUUCUAUCCGCGGGAAGCAGCCAUUCAUUUUCAACGGAGCACGCUCAUUGAACACGGCCGUCCGCGCAGGAAAAUAGACUCGAGUUCUAUUUUCAAGGACCAUCGUUGACAUGUCCGGUUGGGCCGGAAAUGCGCUGCGCUUACACCGUGCUUACACCGCGCUCCUUUGUGGAAGGCAUGAUCUGUUCACAUGUAUUCUAACCAUUUCAGACUGAUACUGGACACGUUCAAAAACGAAAUGGUACAAACUGAAAUAGAACAUGAUAACAGUAGUCUGUUACAUUGUGGCUAAUGCUACAGGCAGUGUUGCCAGAUGUGUCUGACCAAAUCCCGCCCAAAAGCUUCUCAAAAACCGCCAAAUUGCGCUAAAUUCCGCCCAAAUCCAACAAAUUACAUUGACUUCUAUGGGCCAAAAACGGCUGAAAAAAACGCCAAAUGGCCAAUUUUUCCCAUUUUUACCCGCAGACGCUCAUCCAAAGUAGCCCAAUUGGGCGGGCACCUGCCCAAUCUGGCAACACUGGCUACAGGACUGGACUGGUAAUCUGGCAUACAGGGCAUCUUCCCAGUGGGCCAACAACCCUUUUUAUUUAACCCAUUGUGUCCUGGAGACACAUAUACGCUGCAUUCAGGAUUUAUUAACUAUGUGGGUUUGUUAGAGCUUAAUGAACACAUUAUAAUGGAAGAGGAGGGUCUUGGCUUUUAAAUGUAACUCAUUACAUGUUUGUAUGUGCUUCGGAGGCUGAGAUAUGUAGGAUUUAAUAGGCAGAGGGCACCCUUUCCCAAAAAGGUCUUAGGACAAAAUGGGUUAUUGUUUCUUUUUUUCCAGAGAGCCCAGCCCACAAUAAAGAUGGGGUAACCUAUUGGUCUAUCAAUUUGUGGAGAUAUAUGAGCUAAUCGUGGUUAUGUAGAAAAGCAAGGGGGCUGGUCUAUGCCAAAAAUGCCAGGGCCGUUUUUGUGGUCCUCCCAGUCCAGCACUGAAUGCUAAUUGUGCAUUAUUAGUCACACUGUCAUUCGUCAUUAGUCACGGUAAACCAGAAUGCAUUGAAAUGGCAAAGUGUGCAUGCGCGCUGCACAGCAAAAGCAGCACUGCGCCCGGUAUUUCAAAAGGAUAAAGGAAAACUGUUUUUCAGUGGAAGCAGUAGUGUUCAAGUAAAAUUGUUGAAGAACAUGGAAAAAUACUUAUUCCUCAAAGGUUUUAUUUCACUUUGUAAUUAAACCAUCGACAGGGUUCACUAGCACUGGACAGUAGCAAGUUGGACAGGCUUGCGCACAUUUGCAACUAAAGCGACUACAGUAUAUUCUUGAACUUUCAAGACACGAGCGAUUGCAUUACGCAUGCUUACUUACAUUCCCCAGAUUCUGCUUAUGGCACCCCGCCAGAGAAUAGUCAUGUGUUCCCUGUUCCUGUUGCUGUGCAUGGUGAAUGGUGCAGCAGCUCUUGACUGUGUGAUGCACUUGCUGUCCAACUGCUCUGCGCUGUACAGCUUGAGUGAGGCAGUCAAACCAGGAUGUGACACUGACCGGACCAUUUCUGUGGAGGGAACUCACGCUGGAACGUGUGAACCGCUCGAUGUCCCUUUCUGCAACGACCUGCCUUACAACCAAACCAUCAUGCCACACGUUUUUGGCCAGAAGAAGACCCAAGAGGAGGCUGCUUUGGAGAUCAGCAUGUUCUGGCCCCUGAUAGGGGACCAGUGCUCUGCAGCCUUGAAGCCUUUCCUCUGCUCAGUGUACGCCCCGCAGUGUGAGUCUGGCAAAGCUCGAGCGCCGUGCAAGACGACGUGUGAGGCGGCGAGACAAGGCUGUGAGCCAUUUAUGAAGGAGCAGGACUUUGCCUGGCCUGAGGCGCUCAACUGUGACAAAUUCAGUCUCCUGACUUGUGAAGGUGAAGAUGACGGCGUUGAAGGAAGUAUAAACAUGUCGGAUCUGCCCUCGUUUCUGAACAGCAAAGCAGAAAGCAGAGAAGAUGCCCUGCGGUGUUACCACGGGUCUGAUGAGGUGGACAUAAUAACCUGUCCUGAAAAUAAUGGCUGUGUUACAUUAGGUGAGUAA